CCGCGGCACCGCGACCUCGGACCUGGCCAUGGCCUCCAACGCGCAGGGUCCUUCGAAGGGACAUGCUCAAGGCAAGAAACCAGCUGGCACGGCUCGGUACCUCAGCAGCACAAGCGCGUCCAGCUCGCGGGCCGCCGCCGCGGCCACCCCGACAUCGUCUUCAUCGUCUUCCAAACGCAAGCCACCACUCAAUGCAAAGAUUGCCAAGCCUGUGUCGCACACCGCUGCCAACGGGACCUCUACCGUGAAGCCGACAAAGUCUGGUGGCCAUGCUAGUGGGUCGGUACCAGUCCGGAGCGUGGGCAUGAAGGCUUCCAGUAGCGUCGGCAAGAACCUUGCUCCUAGUUCUAGCUCGUCGUCAUUAUCUCAGAAGACCGUGUCUAAGGAUAAGCAACCGGCGUCCGUCGAUGUAACGCGCGACCAGGCCACCCCUCUGACGACAUUGGAUGCGUCACAGCAAGCGGCUCAGUUACAAUCUUGGCUAUUCAUGUCAGCGAAGCUGGAGACGAUAGAGCAACGGCGCGCUGAACUCUCUGCGGAGGAAGCAGACAUCGCCGACGCUCGACUCAUGGCACCUCAUGUGGCCUCUGCGAUUGCAUCUUUAGAAGCUUGCUCCCGGAUAUUGUCUGAAGCUCUGCAACUUGCGCAACGCCCAGCCAAUGAAAUCUGGCAUGUUGGGCACCAUGAAGAGCUCUAUGACCGGUCGGAGCAUGAUAGCCGAGUUGUCCUAGCUCUGCUCGCUCUAUUGCCGGUUGUACGCGCACAAGGUGCAAACCUUGAUUGUGCUCGGACAGUUAUUCAGUCUAGCAAGAGUAAUCUUCGUGCUGUCAUGCGCUUGCAGAGCCUACAAAGCUCUGCCUAGCUGGUUAUCCCUAAUUUUCUGUGCUUUUCAUUGUCUUGUGUCUCCUGGAUGAUGAAGCGCUCAAGUCCAGCUCAUGUACAGUGUACCAUGCUUUCUACAAGGCCGAGUCAUUUCAGGCUGGAUUCUCUUGUGCGAUCAUUUCCCUCAAACUCAGUGUACUCGUCAUUCACGGACAUCCAGAAGCGGACGCUAGAGGA